AUGGGUGAUAACUCCAUUGUUGGUGUUGUUGCUGCUGCCUCUACAAAUUUUAACACCCGUGACCCAUACAUAACUAGUGCUAAUGGCUUGCCCUCUCCAAUUACUGGUGAGGGCACAAUCUCUCUCACUCCUACUCUGUCCUUGUCUCGUGCAUUACUAGUUCCCAAUAUCCAUUGUAACUUGUUAUCUGUUGGUCGAUUACUUGAUACACUUAAUGCUUCUGCUACUUUCUAUCCUACGCAUUGCUCUUUUCAAGAUCUCAAGACUCACGAGACGAUCGGGCAUGUGUCAAAGACAAACAACAAAUUUGGUUAUGGCAUCGUCGCUUGGGACACCCAUCAUUUGGCUACCUUAAGCGUCUGUUUCCAUCUUUAUUCCGCUCUUGUGAUGAGUCAAGUUUUAAUGCAUUCUGAUGUGUGGGGUUUGGCUCGCGUUACUUCGAACGGAUUUCGUUGGUUCGUCACAUUUAUUGAUGAUUGUACCCGACUCACUUGGGUUUUCUUGCUGAAAAAUAUACAUGAUGUUGCUUCCAUCCUUCCAGAGUUAUGUACUAUGGUGUCUACUCAGUUUAAUGCUCAGGUCAAAGUAUUCCGGACUGAUAACGGAGGUGAAUAUGUGAAUAACACUUUGGCAUCUUUCUUCCUUGCUCAAGGUAUUAUUCACCAAACGACAACCCCAUUUACUCCUCAGCAGAAUGGUGUGUCUGAAUGCAAGAAUCAUCAGUUACUUGAAGUUGCCCGCUCCCUUAUGUUGGACAUGUCUGUUCCCCAUCAUCUUUGGGGGUAUGCUGUUUUAUCUGCUGCCUAUUUGAUUAAUCGUACUCCUAGCCGGGUUCUUGAUUUCAAGACUCCACAUGAUGUGUUUGGUGACCAUGUUUCCCCUGUCUCAGUCUCCAAGUUGCCCCCUAAAGUCUUUGGAAAGGUUAUAAGUGCUAUCAUCCACCUACCUAGAAGGGGGAGGGGGAGUGAAUUGGAGAGUCUUGGAUUGGAGAAUGAUGUGUUUGAAGAUGCUUCUCUUGGGAAGGAAACGACCUGUCGCACUGAAGCAAGUGACCGGUCACCCAUAUCUGAAGAUGAAACUUGUGGUCCCUAUGAAGAAACUACUGAUCGCCCUUUGGAACUCGAUCAUUUGCCCAUAUCUGGAGAUGAAGUAGGUGCUCUCGGUGUCACUAAAGCAAGUGACCAGUCGCCUGUAUCUGAAAAUAAUGACAGUGAUUCUUGUAUGGAUGAGUUCAAUGUAAUACCACCAUCUGCCCUGCUAUUGCCCCAAUCUACUCGUGAUAGUGAAUCAAGUGAGGUAAUUUCUAAUGAUCUACCUGUGUCAACUUAUCAGUUACCCCCACGAACCACUCGUGGGAAACCUAAAGUACAAUAUUCUCCUGAUAUACAUGCCAAGUCUAAGUAUCCCAUUAGCCAUUUUGUGUCAACUCAUCGUUUGUCUAAGUCAUAUGCAUCAUAUUUGUGUCAAUUAUCUAGUGUAUGUGUGCCAACUAAGCUGCAGGAUGCUUUAUCUCACCCAAAAUGGAUGGAUGCCUUGAACAAGAAUAAAACAUGGGAUUUAGUUCCUUUGCCACGAUGGAAGAAAGCUGUUGGAUGCAGAUGGGUGUUUACUUUGAAGCAUAAAGCUGAUGGUUCCAUUGACCGUUACAAGGCUAGAUUGGUAGCAAAGGGUUAUACUCAGACCUUUGCUCCAGUGGCAAAGCUCAAUACUGUGCGUGUACUAUUGUCCUUGGCUGAUAACUGCGACUGGCCCUUAUUACAAUUCGAUGUCAAAAAUGCAUUUCUGCAUGGUGACCUCAAAGAGGAGAUUUACAUGGUGACCUCAAAAAUGCAUCUCCCUCCUGGUAUUCCUGUAACCUCUAAGAAGGGUGUUGUGUGUAAGCUACGGAAGUCUUUAUAUGGAUUGAAGCAGUCCCCAAGAGUGUGGUUUGGGAGAUUUGCAGCAUCUAUGAAGAAAUUUGGGUAUGUACAGAGUAACUCAGACCAUACUUUGUUUCUAAAGCGUCGUAAAGGUAAAUUGACAGCUUUAAUUAUUUAUGUUGAUGAAAUGAUUGUAACUGGAGAUGAUCAGGCAGAAAUGCAAAAUCUUCAGAAGUAUCUGGCUUCCGAGUUUGAGAUGAAGUCAUUGGAGACUGGAAUGUUAGAUUGUAAACCAAUUGAUACACCUAGUGAACAGAAUCAUAAGUUGGGGUUGUAUCCUGAUCAAGUCCCUACAGAUAAAGAGCGUUAUCAACGAAUUGUGGGGAAAUUGAUUUAUUUAUCUCAUACACGUCCUGAUAUUGCAUAUGCAGUGAGUGUAGUGAGUCAGUUUAUGCAUUCUCCUAGUGAAGAUCAUAUGGGUGCUGUGAUGCGCAUCUUGAGGUAUCUGAAAGUAACUCCUGGAAAGGAUGUGGAAGGGUAUACGGAUGCUGAUUGGGCUGGUUCAGUCACUGAUAGACGUUCUACGUCUGGGUAUUUCACAUUUGUUGGUGGUAAUCUUGUUACUUGGAGGAGUAAAAAGCAAAAAGUGGUGUCUAGAUCUAGUGCCGAGGCAGAGUACUGUGGGAUGGCUCAAGGUGUGUGCGAGUUACUAUGGUUGAGAAGAUUGUUGAGAGAUCUUGGGUUUGGACCCCAGAAACCCAUGGAUCUGUAUUGUGAUAAUAAAGCUGCAAUUGCAAUUGCGGAUAACCCUGUGCAACAUGAUCAUACAAAGCACGUGGAGGUUGAUCGACAUUUUGUUAAAGAGAAGUUAGAUGCUGAAAUUAUUUCUUUUCCGUUUAUAUCAUCCGAGUACCAACUGGCAGAUGUUCUUACGAAAGCUGUGUCUACUACGGUCUUUCUCAACUCUCUUGACAAGUUGGGCAUGUGUGACAUCUUUGCCCCAACUUGA